GAGGCGUGUCUUCUCUCUUCCCCAAGACCUCCCAGAGCAGGUUUGUUGCGUUUUGGCUCUAAAGCCUGAGACCUCCGAAGUGCUCGUCAGUUUUGCAAGUAGGAGCCAUGGCGACAACAGCUCAGUAUAUUCCGCGGAAUAACUCCUUACCGUCCAAUCCGCUCAUGCAUCCGGAUUCGGACAGGAUGCACCAGGGGACGACUUACAGAGAGGUGCAGAAAAUGAUGCACCACGAGUACUUGCAAGGGCUGGCGGCUACCAACACGGGACACCCGAUGAGCCUGACGCACCACCAGUGGCUGCCCACCUCGAACACCGACUGGUCCAGCGGCACCCACAUCGGCCAGCAGGAGCACAAACCGAGCGUGCAGACGAGCCGAGAGGACCUGAGCAGUGGCUUUCACCACAGAUCCCACCUGGUGCACCAGCAGACGCAGAGUGGCCACCACGGCUCGUGGGCGCCGUCCACAACGCACCACUUAUCCCCGCUAUCCCCGGCGUCUAACGGCCACCAGUCGCUGGUUUACUCCCAGCCCGGAUACACGAACCUCAACGCCAUGCUGAGCCCGCAGCCCGGCACGCUGCACCACGGUAUGCGGGACCCGCUCCACGACGAUUCCGGCAGCCACGACAACCAAAUGGAGUCGCCCCAACAGGCGUUCAGCCACCACCAGGACCACUCGGACGAGGACGCGCCCAGCUCCGACGAUCUGGAGCAGUUCGCCAAGCAGUUCAAGCAGCGGCGGAUCAAACUGGGCUUUACGCAGGCGGACGUGGGCUUGGCCUUGGGCACCCUGUACGGAAACGUCUUUUCGCAAACCACAAUCUGCAGGUUCGAGGCGCUGCAGCUCAGCUUCAAGAACAUGUGCAAACUUAAGCCGCUGCUAAACAAGUGGCUGGAGGAGACAGACUCCAACACGGGCAGUCCCACCAAUUUGGACAAGAUUGCCGCGCAGGGCAGGAAACGAAAGAAGAGGACCUCCAUCGAAGUGGGGGUAAAAGGGGCGCUGGAGAAUCAUUUCUUAAAAUGCCCAAAGCCAUCUGCUCACGAAAUCAGCACUUUAGCCGGCACGCUGCAGCUGGAAAAAGAGGUUGUCCGCGUUUGGUUUUGCAACAGAAGACAAAAAGAGAAACGAAUGACACCAGUGGGGGUCCCGCACCCGAAUAUGGAGGACGUAUAUUCUCAAGCAGAGACCCCUCCUCUGCACCGCACACUACAGAGUCCCGUGCAAUGACUCUUUGCGUCUUUUCCGCUGAUAGAAAAAUGGACUUAACAGUGUUUGGUUUUCCUGAAAAGACAAAGUUGAACAGGUGAAUUUCUUUUUUUUCAUUUAGGUAUUCGGAAAACAUCCAACAAAUAAAUAAGAAAAAAAUAAAGAAAAAAUAAAAAUGACAAAAAAAAAUCUUUGCGCAUUUAAAGUGAAUUAUCUUUAUUUACCAAAAGGAGGAAAUGACUUUUUCAUGAACUGUCGGCGCUCAUCAAUUUGAGUUCAACACUGGAGAUUCUACACUGAAUGAACUUUUUUGUUUGUUUGUUUUCAGGCAGAUUUCUGAAUAAUGAGUGUACUUUGUUGUGUGAUGUGUCUUCAUUAGGAGUACUGUAACUCAUCAGAGCAGCCUUUUUCGUUUUCUUUUUUCUUCAGUUGGAAGUUUCGAAUAAAAGAAACGAAAUGUGCCAAUGCGCCAGGACGCACGCGUGCGUUCUGACAGCAUGCCUUAAAAAUAUGUAGAAGCUGCGCAGCUGAUCAUCGUCGAAAACUGCAAACAGCACCAGACGCUAAAAAGAACAAUGUGGAUUUUGAUUUUUUUGUUUGUUUGUUUGUUUUUUAACUUACAUGGAGCACUUAUUGUUUGCUUUGUUUUUGUUUUUAGAAUUGUUCCUAUUUUAAUGGGUGAGUUUAGCUGAUGAAUUGUAUGUUUACAGGUGAUCAGAGCGCCGUCCUGCUCAACUCCAAAAUUUCCAGACAGAUUUGGUCAAAAUGAAAAGUGAGAACUCAGGUAACUUCAGUGCCCCAUAUCGGAAUAUCACGCCUGUACACCACUUUUUAAAUUAUUUCCCCCCCUUUUUUUUGUCUGACCCUCUGUCUUUUGUUGCCAAUGUAAUAUACGAAACACGAUGGAUUCCGUCAAAAACAAGACAAUUCUUUAAAGGACGGAAAACUGUUAAUUCAAGGGGAAUUACGUUUUGCAACUAUUUAUUUGAUUUUAUUUGUAUGUCCUGAAAGGAAAUCUGAACAUCGAACGCGUUUGUGUGUCUUUUCUUAAUGUUGCGCCCCCC